AUGCUUGCAGCCUGCAACGCGUCCGGCGAGGAGCAAUACAAGCUGGAUUACUUCAAGAGAUCGUGCAAUCGCGACUGGCCGUGGUACAAAUUGCGUAUCGAUGUCCCCAAAACUACCUCCACGAAAACGCACGGUGCUGGCUGCCGCACGUCAGCAUGCCGGGACCCUGACACAGAGCCUCGCUAUUUCUUGGUGGGCAAGCCGCACGCGCCCACCACUGGCUUGACGGGGCGGGCAACACGGGGAUACGUUGCUUGGGACCUUUCGGACCGCAGACUGGUGUUUCUGAAGGACUGCUGGCGAGUCAAGACGUUGGCGAAGGAAGGGGAUACGAUAGAGAAGCUGAAUAAGGCAGGGAUUGAAUCCGUUCCUACCUUGCUCUACCACGGGGACGUAGCAGGUCAGGUCACCGUUUCUCCGAAUUAUUGGAAGGACCGAGCACUCGCCGUGAACAAAAUGAAGUCCCACGUCCAUUAUCGUCUCGUCGUGAAGGAAAUCGGGUGUCAUCUUGAUGAUUUCACCAAUUCGCGGGAACUAGUCAAAGUGAUCUACGAGUGCAUCUAUGCACACUGCGGCGCCUUCAUUGAUGCGCACAUCCUGCACCGGGAUAUCAGUGUUGGGAAUAUUCUUAUUGUGCGGAGAACGGAAGCGGGUGUUAUGUUAUCGGAAGGUCUCCUCAACGACUGGGACCUCUCCAAGGACGUUGACAUACAGGCUCCUAGGCAACUGGACCGCACUGGAACAUGGCAGUUUAUGUCUGGUCGACUCCUUCUCCAUCCUUCCAAAAUCCACGAAGUACAGGACGACCUGGAAUCAUUCCUCCACGUUAUGAUCUAUGAAGGAGUGCGAUACUUGCCCCAUACA